AUGGCUUUCUUCUUGUCGCAGGCGGAGGCGGCGAAGGGCGUAGCGGCGUUGGGAACAAAAUUGCAAGCACUCUUGGACACAUCCAAACGCAACGAGAUCUCCGAGGUAGUCGAUAUCGAACUCUCACGCGAUGAAGACUCCGUCACCUCGUUGGCAACGGCGCGUGCAAGCGAUGAUUCUAUUAUCGCCUUUGCCGGCAUCAAUAGCUCCGUAGCUGAGCAAAAGCUUGGCAACAACCAGCAUCUAAGAUCUUUCGAGAUUGAUUACCCCCCACGAAAAAGAUCCUUUACGGAUAACUCGAACGAAGAAGUCGCAAAUCGGGAAGCAGAAGAAGAAACACACAGCCUUAUUCCCCAGAAGACCACCGCAUUAUCUCGUGCGUCUUUAUUCCGAACCAAAGGAACAGAGAAGGCCGGCGGCCCGGACACAUACCAAAGGGUAUUGCGACUCUCGCCGUGGAAAGACGUCGAGUCCCCGCGUAUAGCGGCGGUUGCCACUGGGUUGGCUCCAUCAGGAGAGAUCGUUCUUUUUCAUGUUACUCCUACACCCAGCACAUCGGAUAUCAUGGGAAGGAUCCAAUUGGGUGGUGAUGAGGAAGCUGAGGAUGUAGAUAUUACGGAUUUGAACGAUGGCAAAUUCCAGGUUGCCUAUACCAAUGGCACUGACGUGUUCACCUGUCGUAUCUCAUCUUCAACGAGAUCUAAUGCAUCACCUGACGUACACUGCGUAUAUAGCACGCCUUUGUCUGAAGCAACAACCAAAACCAGGCCCAAAUUUCGAGCCCUACGCUUCCUAUCCCCCACAAUGUUGCUACUGCUUCGGAAUAUACCAGACCGUAAAGGCUGCGAGCUCGUGCUUCUUAAUAUACCGCAAAGGCUAUCACCGAAAUCAAAGUCAUCUGCAACCAUCAUUCGGCGUAAGAAACUCCGCAAAGCAAUCAAGAUUGGACUUGGUCUGGACGUGUGCAAUCUGGGCUCAAACCUCGAAAAUCAGGAACAAACCAUCAUUGCCGUUUCGGGAAGUGACCAGUCUAUUGAGGUCCUGACGCUCGAGUACAAUCCUAGGAGAGGAGGUUACGGAAAGCUACGGCCCUACAUUACCCUCAACGACGUCCAUCCAUUCUCCAUGACAAAGAUAUGCUUCUCUUCUUUCAUUCCUCCACCGAACCCAGUUAGGCCUGAGACGCCACCACAAUAUGUCAAGCUUGCCUCUGUUAGUAUGGGCAAUACCGUCGUCGUACACACGCUCCCCCUGGCCCCAUCGCCACCCUCUAGUCGCUCACCGCGCUAUGUGCUAGUCAUGCCGGGAGAUUCGGAUGCUUGGGCUAACUUGAUCAGUGGGCUGACUGCUUUGUUAUCUAUCUUCAUUGUCUGCUUUCUCCUCCAGGCUUUCACCGAGAUCAGGGGUGUUAUGCCUCCGUAUUUGGGGGCCACCGAAUGGCUCCCCCCCGAUAUUCGUGCCGCCGUCGCCCGUCCAUAUCACCAACCUGCACCACAUCCUUUAGCAGUUCCAUCAGUCACUACGUCGAUGCACUCAGCGCCCUCGUCGCCAUUUCCCACCUUACAUCACCGCUCCCUACGUGAUCUUCUUCAUGCCCGUCAAGCAGCGGACGCGAUCGAUUCAAUCCUCGAUAACGAUCUUGCAGCGGACGACCCAUUCCCUUCCGCUGCCUCUCUAUCACAUACCUCCAUUGUUGUCCGUCGCAACCAUGAUACGGACGAGAUCUUCAUAGAGUCUACGAACAGGGCAGAUCAUAACACACCUGACAGGACCCUCCGCCGGUGGGAGGACCUUACUGAGAGAGAUCAAAUUACGUGGAAACAACAGUUGACAGAUGCAGGCCACUGGCGUCAAGACGAAGGUGAAGCAGUUCUUCAAGGUGUUUUUUUCGAUGACCGUUCAAUCUAA